GAGCGACACAGUGACAUGGUGCUGGGCGUCUGCUGCGAGGCCGAGGCCAACCCCGACGCGGCGCUCGCCACGGCCUUAGCCCUGGCCGUGGUCGACUGUGACGGCGCGAGUGACUCUGGGCUCAGCGGCGUCAGUGUGGGCAUUAGCGACGCGGAGGCCGUGACCGACGCCGCCGAGGCCGCCAGGAUGAUCGACGAGCCGGCCUCGCUGUCCCGACUGCAGUAUAACGUCCUCCUCGCCGACAACAUGUCCGAGGUGGCUGGCGGCGCGCUGCACUGCCCGUUCCUGCUGGAGCAGGGCGAGGCCCACCUCACGGGCACGCGGCCCCUGGAGCUCGUCUUCAGCGGCCUCAGCGUCUCCGUGGCCUCCAGGAGCAUCCUCCGCGACGUGUCGGGCGUGGUCCGCCCGGGCGAGAUGCUCGCCGUCAUGGGACCCUCAGGCUGCGGCAAGACCACCCUCCUGAACUGCCUGUCGGGGCGCACCGAGCUGGACUCGGGCUGCAUCCGCCUGAACCGGGAGCGCCUCACCAAGCGGUGGAAGCGGCGCAUCUGCUACGUGCUGCAGCAGGACAUCUUCUUCCCCGACCUGACGCUGCGCCAGACCCUGGAGUACGCCGCGCGGCUCCGGCUGCCCGAGUCCAUGUCGCGCCGCCAGAAGAUGAUCUACGUGGACCACAUCAUCGACGUCCUCGACCUGAACGCGUGCCAGGACACGAGGAUGGGCGACUACACAAAGCGAGGGUUGUCCGGCGGCGAGAAGAAGCGGGCCAACAUCGCGUGCGAGCUGCUCACCAACCCGGCCCUCAUGCUGCUGGACGAGCCGACCUCGGGCCUGGACUCCCACUCGGCCUACAUGCUCAUGUCGAGCCUCAAGAGGUACGCGGAGAAGGAGAGCAAGACGCUGGUCGUCACGGUCCAUCAGCCCUCCUCGCAGAUCUUCUACAUGUUCGACAAGCUGCUGCUGCUGUGCAACGGCCAGACCGCCUACUUCGGCGAAGUCAACAAGGUGGUCGACUUCUUCAACAACAUCGGCCUCACCGUCACCCCGCACUACAACCCCGCCGAUUUCAUCCUGGAAUGCGUCAAAGGGUCGGAAGAGAUGAAAGAGAAAAUUGUGGCCGCCGCGAAGACCGUGCAGUCGUAUCAGCAGGAGUCACUCAACGACUACUGCGCGCUGCCCGGCCACCUGUACCAGCACCAAUGCAACGGCAGGGUGCCCAUGGUGCCCCACGGCCACACCGCCCCCAGCCCCCCCUGCGACUUCAGCAAGCCCUCCCUGUGGACGUCCACGCCAACCUCCAACGGCAACCUCACCGCACCCAACGCCGUGUCCCUGACCACCAAGUGCGUCGUCUCCAACCACAACAGUCACAAUCUCAGCAACCACGUGUAUUCCACAAUAGUCAAAGAUGAAGAAGGAAAGUCCUUGUGGCUUGAUAGUCAAAGUCAUGGCUCCUCAUCAGUGAGUAGCACUACGGAUGAUGAUGUUCGGUGGCAGUGGCCAACCGGCUUUUGGACUCAGUUCAAGGUUUUAUCAUCAAGGAAUUUCCAAGAAUCAAGACCGAGAAUGCUAUCAAAGCUUUACUGGCUUCAAACCAUUGGUCUAGGUCUUAUGGUUGGAAAUGUAUACUUUCAAUUGGAUCGGAAAGAGGAAUCUCUCCAUGAUAUUCAAUCUUGGAUGUUUUUCUCAACAAAUUACUGGAUGCUGUUUGCACUUUUUAAUGCCCUAUCAUCAUUUCCCGCUGAGCGAGAAGUUGUAAACAAGGAGAGAUUAUCUGGUUCAUAUCGUUUGUCAGCAUAUUACUUGGCAAAAAUGGUCGGUGAAUUGCCACUAACUAUGACAUUACCAGCAGUCUAUCAUAUAAUAUCAUACCCAUUGUUCGGGUUUCAAUCAUUCUCUGUAUUCCUUACAAUGCUAGGGUUUCUUUUGCUGAGUACCGUUGUUGCUCAGAGUGCUGGCUUCUUUGUUGGUGCAGCAUGUAUGGACUUGGAUGUGGCAAUAACAAUAUCAGCCCUUUACACAUUGGCAACUCAGCUCUUUGGUGGAUAUUUAGCCACAAAUAUUCCUUCAUGGUUGAGAUGGAUGAGGUACCUUUCUAUGGUGCAUUAUGCCUACCAGAACAUGCAGAUUGUGGAGUUUAGUGGAGAGCCAAUUAGGUGUGCUGCACAAUCAAAGUUUGAAGUUUGUUCCAAAGUUAAUGGUACCAUUCCAGUGGAUGUUAUUAUGGAGCAACAAGGUGCCACAUUAUCGCUCUGGGCCAACACUCUAGUGCUGCUAUUUUUCUUGGUGAUAUUUAGGGUGCUGGGCUAUGUUGUGCUUCGUUACUUUAGACAACCAAAAUGAGAUAAUAUUCUGCUACCUAGCGAACAAAUAAAUUUCUCAGUUCCAAAUUUUUUGAGAUGUAUUUUGUGACUGUCUGCAAUUCAAAAGAUUUCAUUUUGGGCUGCUUCGAUGUGUGCCACCAUAACAACUCGUUGUGUUUUGGUGGUUAUUGUUAAGGCUUGUGGACUGGAAAAUAAUGUUAAAAAUAUAGAUUGGCUGUGUUGUUAACUGUAAUAUUAUUAUUUUAUUUUGUACAAGUUCUCCACUGUUUGAUAUCCAUAUUUCACUUAGUGAUUUCAUAUUUUAAGGAGUCUGAUUCGUAGUUUUAAUUAGUUAAAUAGUAUAUCACAUAACAAAUUUGUGUGCUAGCACUGGGUAUUCAAUGCUGUGCAAGAACAUUUUAUAAUUGUUGCUUCUUUCAUUUGUGUAAAUGAGAUUGUGUGAAUGUGUAAUUUUAAAAUGAGUGAUUGCAAAGUGUGAAGUGGAAUUGAAAGUUUUUAAAACCUGCUUGAGAGCCUAUCCUUAAGGCAAAAUCUUUCAUAUGCCAUUCCUUUAAGCAAUACUUGGUAUUAUUUCAUUUCGCCUAUAACUUUGGUUAAUAUUGUGUGGCUCCUUAAUUUCAUACGCAGACACUAUUGUCAGAUGUUGAAAAUGCCUAUGCCAGAGAGAAGUUUUUUUUUUUUUUCUGUCUUCCCAUUAAUUAGUUUUCCAUCUGAAAAACUCCUGUUUUCUACUAGUGAUUUGAAUGCCUGCCUGCCAUGAAGUCAGAUAUUUAUUGUUGUGUAUCAUUUGCAUAUAAACGUAUUAGUGGCGCUGUCGGCAGAAUUCAGUUCAUUAUUUUUAAAAAGUCUUAUAUACAAUAGCAUAUGUGUACAUUCUGUCAACCACAGCCACAAAUAGUCUCUAAUUUUUUUUUAAUCCUUUGACUUUGAUAUUCUUAGAAAAUGUGAUAGUUUUUCAUCUUUUCAAAGUUUGUUUUAAGGAUGAAUGAUUGUAACCUGUUUAUGAAAACCUUGCUGACAAUCAACGAUACAACCGAUACAUGCAUGGCACCUAUAUUUGUUUUCUUUGUUAAAAUUUGUUGUUGUUUUUUUUUGUUAAAUCCAAACACAUGUUUGUGUUGUUAGACGUAUAUUCACGCAUCUGGCACUUCCAGUCAACAAGGUAAUAAUUAUGGUUCAUGUGAAUGUGGAAGGUCUACUCUCUUAUUGCAAAUGCAUGAAAUCAGUUAGCACUGUGUUGCAUUUUUUUUUAGUCACUUAUGGCAACAUCAGUAUGUAGUGCAUAAAUAUGCUUUCUUUAGUGCAUAUCUUGCAGGAGUUUUCUAAUCUUAAAAAAAUAUUAUAAAAUCAUAAAACAAGAAUAGACUUUCGUUGGUGCUAGUGCACAUUUGUUACCUUCUUGCAGAAGACGAAAAAUAUAGAAUACUUAUAUGUGUUAUGAAUAAAAUGUACAUAUGUAUUAUAAAAAAAAGAAUGAACACUAACUUUCAAAAUGUUGACGUCUACCUAUCUGACCAACUGUUUUUAUGCUAUGAUGGGAGUUUUGUCAUGUCUGUAUCAUUGUGAUCUCUACAGAAAAUUUUGAAUUUGGUCUAUGAAUUUCUUUUAAGUAAAAACUAAGGGACCUUUACUUUAUUUUGUAACAAUCAUUUUGAGACUUUUCAAUCAAUUUUAUUGUGGUUGGCCUUUCCUUGCCAAACCGUGAACAUGAGGGGGAACAAGUGCACAUUUCAUAAGACAUGCAUGAAUCCACUGCCAUAAAGUGACAAACCAACUCAAGAAAUUGCAAAGAAAAAAUAAAUUUGUUCUCGGUUAUUGAUGACCGACACCAAAAACUGCAGUUGUUUCCCCCUCGAGUCAACAUUUUGAAAUAACCACUAUGAUGGUGAAGGAUACUUGUGAUACUUUGAUUGCAAAUCACUCUUUGUAAACAUUUGCUAUGUUUGCAAGAUGUGUAGAAUUAAUGAGCAAGAGGAAUGUCACAAAUUGAUUUGCUGGACCAACACUAUCAACUGAUGAGUAAUGUGUAACAGAAUAUUAAAAGGUAAUUUCUUCCCAUGCCUUCCUAAACGUGUUCAGGCUACCACUUUGAAAGAUGUAUUUGCUCCUUUUCAGUAAAAAAGAACCUUCAUGGAGGUAUGUCUCUUUUUUUUUGUUUUCAAAAGAUUUCAUCUUUCUUUAGUGGUGGCACUUUCAUAACAUGAUCCAUCCAUGUUAUGUCUUUUUAUUCUCUUGUUCCAAUGUCUUUCAUAUCAGUCCUUUUGAAAUUGAUAAAGAAGUCAACAGGCGAUGUGUAUGAAGUGAGGGGCAAAGGGACUAUACAACUGCCAUUCUGGAAGAAACUGGAUAAUUCCAUGUGUACUUUGCACUGCCAAAUAUAUGGACACUAUCUUCUAUGUGUGUGUUUUUUAAAUAUUAUAUAUAAAUAUGUGUAAUUAUUGGACUUGCGUGUCAUACUUGUGACUUUCUUGAGCACAGAUUGUUCUUCCAGAAUUUAUCUGUACUAUCCCUAGCCAUCAUUUUACCUUUGUAUACUGUUAAUAUAAUGAUGAACUGUUUUUCACUGAUAGUUUCCACCUUAGCAAAGUGUAUCUGAAAAUUGACAUUGUAUUUAUAUAUGUGUGAUAACAUUAAUAAAUUACAAUAUUCCAAGUGACUUUACUUUGGAGAUAAAUUUA